UUCAAGAUGGCCGAAACUCAAAAAUGGACAUAGCGGAAAAAAAUGUUGAAGAAAACACUCGAUAUUCGUUUCUUCUAGGUUGUGCUUUGAGAAACCAAGACCCAGACCAAUUCCUCCAAGUAUACGAUACGAUUGUGCCAAAGGAUUGCGAUCCUGAGCAGGUUGACCUCAUUAAAGACGAGGCGAGAAAGAUAUCAGAGUUACCCGAAAAAGACUUCAACCAUCUUGUCUCAAACGCUCGAGAUUAUAGUCUCGCUAGGAGUGCACCAGUGACACCUGGUGACAAUAAAGUGAACCCUGUUGAAUCACAGUCACGAUCUGAUAUACGGGAUACAACAAGUGAUAUUAGUAACAGCGUGACUAGCAAUAAUAUGACUACCAACAGCUUGACUGAUCACAGCGAUCUAAGUGGGAUAAAAUAUAUUGAUGAUGACGAAGAUUCAGGUGGAGCUACUUCACCUAAAGUGUCUUUAAAAUCUCUAGAACGCACGUCAAGAAACAUGAGUCGUAAGUGGUCAGAUAUGAGUGUUGAUUCGGGUGUGUGUAACUCUAGUAAGACUACAAUAGGUAGCGCUAGUGAUGCUGAUUUGGAUAUUGAUGAGAAUGAGCAACGUGGAGUGUUUGAUUAUUUCCCGUCAACAAAGGAGACGCCAGAGGAUGAAAAACCAGUCAUGUAUAAUAGAGCAGGAUAUGUAAAUAAGAGGCCUGUUGAAAUUCGCUCUAGCAACACACAUAUUGUCAACUCACAUGAUAAGGCUUAUGACGUUGGAUUUAACGCUGAUGAAGAGAUACCUGUUGAUGAUUCCCCACGAUCCAUAUCAUCUGACCAUGAUUUUAGGACUUCUAGGUCCAUGAGUGAUGGCCCCAGAUCGACAGAAAUGAAAACUUUUCGAGUAACAAAUAAUACAUAUGAUGAGGUGCUUAAUAUAGAGGACUCUGAUGAUGACCUAAAAAGUGUCAAUGUUCAUGAUCGUCUCUAUGGGAAACAUAAUGAUUAUGCCCAUAUGCAGACAGAGGAGGGAGAGGAUUAUGAAUUUGAUGAAGAUAGACCUGUUAAGUCUAAUGGUCCAAUGAAACUGACUGGCCCCAAAUUGUCAUCAGACCAGGAGAUCUCGUUCAGUAAAAAAAAUUAUAGCAUCCCUAGGAUAAAUCAUAAUUCGCUCAACAAAAAUUUGUCUAAUCGUUCCGGCAACCCGGAUGUUGAUACUGCAGUUACAUUUCCUCUCAACCAAACAAAUGCUUACAUUAACCAGCGUCGCUAUGGCGAUCCAUCUUCCAGAAUGCCUAGCUCAACUUCCAGUGAUAGUGUACGUAUCGAGAAGACAAUUGUGCCUAAUAUAAAGGAGGUAAACAAUCCACCGUUUCCAUCUGGGAAAGACCAUCAUAUGCAGGCCAUUCAGCAGAGAGUUAAUGAUAUUUAUGACAAGCCUAUCACCAAAGAUGUGCCAAACCUUCCCCAAGGUGAACCUAUAGCAACAGGGAAUCCCCUGGAGCUUGGCAUGGCAACAGACCCCAACAAAAAGAAGAAAAAGAAGAAGAAAACAGCAAGUAAAGAUGACAGUUAUAGUGGUGAACUGGAUAAAUCAGGCAACCAUGAAUCAACUGAUCUUAAUGGUAAUCCUAUUGAGGGACUCCAGUAUGGUAGCAAAGCAGCCAGAUCUAAGGGUGGUCGAUUAGAAAAUGAACACAGUAGAAUACCAUCCACACUUAGUCAAAUUGAAGGCUAUCAGUUGGGGAAAACACAGAUUCGUGACAUGGACUCUACUACAACAAACGAUGCUAAAAAUGAAUAUGAAAAGAAAAAAAUUCGUCAGCAGCGUAAAAAGGACAAAAAGAAUGAACAAAUCAAAGUAGCAAAAGACCUUCCUGGAAACGUUGGUACCCAAAAUAUGGACAAGCUAUUGGAGUUUAUCGGUGAAAAACCAAAGGCGAAUGGACCUAAUAAUUUGGGUACUAGCGGGAAGGUUAAAAGUAAGAAGCAUAAGGAGAAAAAGGGGGUGGAGCUUGUCGGGGGCGGGGGAUCGGAUAAUGGUGACGAUGCUACUGAGAGUAAAGGAAGCUCAGAAGCCAGUGAGGGGAAACAUAAAGACACUAUAAGUGAAUGUAGCUCUAGUGGCAGCGGAACAAAUAACUCGGACAAUAUGAAGGAUAAUUUAUCUGAUAAGCCUGCCAGUAUUGGUGAUGGCAACAGGAGCGAUGUGAUCAGUGAGGUUCUCGACUCUACCAAUAUAGACACUCCUAGUUAUUAUAUAUUUACAGACAUUGAACCUGUGCCCAAGGUCGAGGAAGCCUUCCAGAAAGUGGACCGCAAGAAGAAGAAACAUGUCACACCUCAUAACAAUCAUACACACAAUCACCACCUAUCUAGCUAUCCAUCUUCCCAUCGCACACACCCCCACCAACGUGACAAUUUUCAACACCGAGACCAGAUUAGAGAAAAGGAACGUAAUAGUACGAUCCCUAACCCUCAUGUAGAGUCUGAGCCUCCCAAGCGACCUACCUUGGCAGUUCGUUCUAUUACACCCCCUCCCUCUGUUGAGGGUCAGAAAGAACGGGCUCUUAGUCCAUCAGCAUUUCCUGCCUUGGGAGGUGGAAGACGUAAUUCUACAGGCACAGUAACGGCCCUUGAGGUACAAGCGCCACCUAGUGACAGUGAUGUAGAAUCAGUACGUUCACUCCCCCUCCCCUCGGAUUCUAUCCCUCCGGUGAUUUCGUAUGCAAAAAUAGCUGCCUCUCCUAAACCAAAAGAUAAAGGGCCGUCAGCAGCCAUGGUGAAAAUAAUUGCUCAGGGAACUGGUAACACUGAACGGCGACAUUCAGUGGGCUCCCUCAAUGACUCUAUUAACUCCUGCAAACAACAGGAGGGUGACAGUAAUGAAAAGAAGUAUUCCAGUCAAGAGCUUCCAACAACAGAGAUAGAAGCAGCCGCCAGAGAUAGCGUCAGACGGAAACUGACGGAUAUGGACAAUAUGGCUGCCCCAUCUGUUGCCCCGUCUAUAGCCAAAUCAAUGGAUAUUGUCUCGAAGCCAGAUUUCCCAACUCUCAGUGAAGUGACUCAAUACAGAGGACCUACAUCGCCACCAAUAGGUGGCAGCAAUGUAGAUCUUAGUAACGAAAACACCAGUAAAACGCCACAUAUAUCUAAGUCAAAAAGUGACGACCUUGUUGUCGCUCACUCUAGUGCAUCCCAUAGUGAUAUCAAAGACCUUGAGGGGAAGAAGACUGCUGAAGAGUCAAAUACUUCACUAACCUCUUCUAAGUCAUUCACUCUCGGCAUUAAACAAAAGCCCAAGCAAUCAGUGGUGUUUUUAGGGAAUGAUAAAUUAACUAGUCCACUUAACCUAGGAAUAUCCUUUGGUUUUGAUGAUAAAGAACUCGAAGCUUUAACAUUAGACUCUCAUCAGGCCCCUCAAGAGAACUUCACCAUAGAAAGUGAUAUUGGAAAUAAAGAUAGUGGGAUCUCAUUCGGGGGUGACCAAUGUAUAGAUGUUGAUAAUGUAGCGACAGCCUAUGAGGCUCUAAAAAUGAAUGGUAUAGUGGCUCCCCCUAGGGAGCUGUCUUUGUGCGAAAAAAUUUCACAAAGAACGCUCCCACAAAUGACAUCUAGUGAGAGACAGGUGUACUAUGAGAAGCAAAGAGGCAACUUCAACUUAGAAGAAAUGGUGAAAUACCUCGUAAAAGAGUGGGAAAGGACAGUUGAGUUGAAGGAAAAAUCACCCAAUCAAGUUCUUGCCUAUACUGCAGCCUGAGUCACUCAGCCCAUAGUCACUUAUACUAAGUAUCUAGAUGUAUCCAGAGCCUUCUA